AUGUUGUUCCAUCGACGAAAGUACUAUAGCUUUAUUGGCUCUUACUUUUAUAUAGUAGUAGAUAGAUAUCCACACAUCUCUGCCUUCACUCAAACCUCUCAUUCUAGCCACAUUUUAUCGCUACCUAACUUUCUUAUAUAACUUCCCAAAAUUCAGACCAUGCUAUAUACUUCUUUGCACGGUCUAUUAGCAUUAAUUCCUUGUCACGUUCUUUGCUCUUCCUCCACUAUAUAAAUCAAUGCAACAACCAUCCAUGAACUCUGCAUUUUUGUACUCCAAAUCCAAGCAUUUUUCUAAAUCUUCUUCCAAUUUUUUUUCCUAAUUUUUUUUUCUUUCUCUAUCAUGGGUUACAAUGAUGUGAAAUUGAUUGGUGCAUGGCCAAGUCCUUUUGUGAUGAGGGCUAGAAUUGCACUCAAUCUCAAGUCAGUGGAAUAUGAAUUUCUUCAAGAAAAAUUUGGUGUCAAAAGUGAGCUACUCCUGAAAUCGAACCCUGUUCAUAAGAAAAUACCAGUUUUGAUUCAUGAUGACAAACCCAUCUGUGAAUCUUUAGUCAUUGUACAAUACAUUGACGAGGUUUGGAGUUCUGGCCCUUCAAUUCUUCCUUCAGAUCCUAAUGAUCGCGCAAUUGCACGUUUUUGGGCUUCUUAUCUUGAUGAUAAGUGGUUUCCAACCAUGAGAGAAAUGAGAGAUGCGCAAGGGGAAGCAAAAAAAGCGGCAAUUUCAACUGUGAUGGAAGGCUUGGCAUACAUGGAAGAAGCAUUUGUGAAGAUCAGCAAAGGCAAAGAGUUUUUUGGGGGAGAGAAAAUUGGAUAUUUGGACAUAGCAUUUGGUUGUUUUUUGGGGUGGCUAAGAGUGAAUGAAAAGAUGAAUGAUCUGAAAUUGUUGGAUGAAACAAAGGUACCAAAUUUGUGGAAAUGGGCUGAAAAUUUCUGCGCUGACAAUGCUGUUAAGGAUGUCAUGCCAGCAACUGAAAAGCUCCUGGAGAUUGUUAAGAUUAUUGCCAAAUCUAAGGCUCCUUAAAAUUGAAGUUUGUUUCUUGACAAUAUCUUUGUUUAUUGUCUAUGAUCUUAUAUCAAAUAAAAACACUCGCUAGCUAGCUAGUAACUUUUGAGUUAGACUUAUGUAUGAUACCACUAUCAUAAAAAAAAAUUUUCUUUUCUUUUUUUGCAAUUUCAAGUUUACUUUGCCUCCCCUAGAGUAUUAAAGAAUUAACAAAAAAAACAGCGGUAUUUAUUAAUACAUGCAGAAAAAAAAUUACAAUAAAAACUUACAACAAAUAUUGUAUCAUCUGAAUUAUUCCCCCAACUUUAAUUGCAUAGACUCC